CGCGGCGACGAUCGUCCCCAUGUGGCGAACGCUGGCCCUCGCCUCCGCCUUCUUCCCGGGGCUCUUCGCCCUCUGCAUCCGGUUGCUGCGCUGGGCCGCCCCGGGAUGGAGCCUCAAGGACCGCAUCCUCCUCAGCGGCAGGUUGGUGUCGACGGUCCAAGCCACGAUGGCAACGGUGUCGGGGAUCACGGUUGUCCUUAACUGCAAGGACGUGGUGUACGACAGGCACUGGCUGGCCGUGGAGUACAUCUGGGUCCUCGUUCCCUACAUGACCUACGACAUUUACGUCAUGUACCUCUGCCACUGGCACAAGAGCCGGGACAGGGGAAUCGCGGAGAAGAAGCAUUCGCUGGCCAGCGUGUGGAGCUUCCUCCUGCAGGAGCGGCUGAUGGUGACACACCACCUCUUCAUCCUCAUCGUGCUCACCCCCAUCACCCAGCACUUCAGGGGAGAGCUGGGGGACUUCUUCGUGGGCUGCAUCUUCAUAGCAGAGCUGAGCACACCAUUCGUAUCGCUGGGCAAAAUCCUCAUGCAGCUGGAAAUGCAGGACACGCUCCUGCACAAGGUGAACGGGAUCAUCAUCCUGGUGACCUUCUUCCUCUGCCGUAUUCUCCUCUUCCCCUUCAUGUACGCGGCCUACGCCAGGCAGGUGGGAAUCCCCAUUUACAUGGUGCCUUUCCGCAUCCCCCUGCACUGCAACAUAGCCAACGCCUCCCUCAUCGCCCCCCAGCUCUACUGGUUCAGGCUCAUCUGCCGCAAAGCCGCCCGACUCUACGGCAGCUCACCCGCCGACAAAAGCAGAUAACGGCCGGCAGCCCAGCGCGGGGGCUGGAAAAAGGUCAGCCCCCCCCCCGCCAGCUCUUUCGCCUUCGCUGCCAGCACCGUGGGGACCAGCGCGGGAGCAGAGCAGCGGAAGCAGCGAUGCCAUCGGGCUUUUUUAGCUGGAAGCAGCCUCUCCGUCUCCACCGCUGUGCCAGGCAGCGCCAGCCUGGGCUAGGAAGGCUUUCUUCCCACACCGCUCCAGUGGCUUGUGUCCUCCCACCAGUGGGAGCUGGGAUAGGAGCCAGCCCAUAAGUACGACAUUCCUUCUGGGAUUCAAUACUGGCACUGAACUAACAGUUACAAGAGAGGGGUUUGUUACAAGGGCUGACGCCAGAUACCGGCACUGAGCUUGGCAAGGCACGAAGGAGCUUGCGGCCCCGGAGGCAGCAGCGGAGGUGAUGCUGGAACGUGCCCAGCCCCACGCAGCAGCACCGGGGACUGGGGGAGAUGCGUGCCGAAUCUGCCGCAGCCCCGACUCGCUCUGGUUUACAGCCUCCAGCUGAGAGCAGAGCCAGGCCCCGGCACGGUGCUGCACAGCCUGUUCCUGACCUUUACCGACUUCGCCUCUACGCUACAGCUGCAUUCAGCCUCUUACCUCCCACUCCUGCUGGGCUCAGACUCAUUUAAGACUCCACUCAACCCAAAGGUGCUUUUCACUACAAUUGCUGGUGUCUGUGGCUGACAGUCCCAGGCGAGGGUGGCUCUGGUGUCCCCAGCAGGCUGGGGCGAAGAGAAGCUCACACCAGGCUAGAGGAACAGUUACGCUGUCUCAGAGCGAUGCUGGCAGGGCAGAGCGCCCAAGGCUGAAGGGCAGGAUGAGGACAGGAGACUGCUAAGUCCCUGUCUCUGGGCACUAUGCAGAGCCCUUUGUUGGCAGGGGAUGCAACUUUCAACCCCCUCCCCUAACUGCAGCUCCUUCUAUCUGCCCCGCAUCCCCGCAGUGGGUAUCCGAAAGCCCGAAUGGCACACGCUGCCCUGCCCUCCCUCCAGCCGACACCAGCAACCCUGGCAGCACCCUGUGGGUACCAGUACAGCCCGAGCUCCGGUCGUACAGUCCAUCCCUCCUGCCCCAUCCCAGUCCCCCACGAGGUGAAAUCUGCCAGGGGCUGGCAGAGAAGGAACCGGGUCAGUGGAAGAGGAACCAGCAACCCCAGAGCAGGGCGCCAAGCUGUGUCCUUCACCAGUUCAGCCCAUUUCCACCGUCAGUCACAGCAGAACGGGUACAGGCUUCCCAGCCCGCCCUGCACCAUAGGAUUCACAAGCCUUGCGGGUACGUG